CCAAAACCUGAACGGCCCAAAUCAUAUAACGCCUUCCUUUUUUCUUCAACUGAGAAAAAGCCUAGAAUUUAAGAUAAGCCUUAGAACCUCGCCGGAGUUUGGCGCCCUCACCGAAACAAAGCCAUGGCGUUAGACCGAGCACUACACGCAGCAACCUCCACAAACUUCCUCACAAACCCACAAAUCCCCUCUAUAUCCCCAAACACAACGACCACCACCCACAACCACUUGGCCUUCGCGCGACGUCGUUUCAGCUUCAAAUGCGCGGUGGAGUACAGCAGAGACCACUACAGCAGCAGCGUCCAAGUUCCGGUGGCGCAUCCUAGACCGGCGGAGGUCCAGUGGAAGAAGGAGCUCUGUAAUACGGUGCAACUCAUCGGCGUCGUCGGUCUUCCCGUCGAAAUUAAGCACCUUCCCUCCGGUAAAGUCCUCGCCUGGACCCGCCUCGCCGUCAAGAAAUCCGCCACCGACACCUCAUGGAUCAAUUUGACAUUUUGGGACGAGCUAGCGCAUGUUGCUUUUCAGCAUUUAGAGAAAGGCCAUCAGAUAUAUGUUUCUGGAAGACUGAUUUCAGAUGCUGUUGAAACCAAUGAGGGGAAACAGCAGACCUACUAUAAGGUUGUUGUUCAGCAACUGAAUUUUGUUGAAAAGAGCUCCCCAACGGCGAAUGGUGGUCAGGACUCGGAUUCCUUUACACCAGGCAGAAGUUCUAGCCACAGCUUUACAAAGCACACAGAAACCACACAAGAAUUGUGGCAAGCAUUCUUUGCUAAUCCAGUAGAGUGGUGGGAUAAUAGGAAGACCAAGAGGAAUUCAAAAUAUCCAGAUUUUAAGCACAAAGACACUGGAGAAGCCUUGUGGAUUGAAGGCCGGAACAAUCCUCCAUGGGUGAAGUCCCAACUUGCUAUACUGGAUACAAGAAUGGGGACCGCUAAUGAUCAAGAUCUUAAGACGCAUUCAAACCUGUUUGCUGAUGAUAAUUUUUUCUAAGUGCUUGAAGAGGUAGCUGUAGGAAAACAAUCGACGAAGGGGGUGAUUGUUGUAUAUUAUCACUUUUUGUUGAAAAUAUUGAAAAAUUCAGCUUUGUUUACAUGGUAUGUAGUCUUUCCAAUUACAUGAUGUUCUAGUGAUUGGUUCUGUUGUACUAAUUGAAAGUUUGUACCUUCAUCGAGGGUCAGGUUUCAGAUCAUUUCUAAGUGUUGUGGUUCCGUUGGCACAAA